AUGGACCUGGCGGACAAGCUGUCCGGGCUCGACAUGCAUCUCUACAACGCUGAGGACGGCCCGUACCAAUCCGAUUCGGACACGGAGGAUGUCCUCCGUGGCCAUCAAGGUCCGGAACAACCCAGCGGUGGCGCUGGCGGUGGCGGUGGCGCUGGCGGUGGCGGUGGCGCUGGCGGGGGCCCGAAACAGCCUGGUGACGACACCUUUGAUGAAAAGGAAGGGCGUGGUCCGGCAGUGGCGCGUGGGGGUGGCUCCGGGGCCGACGACGAGUGGGAAGUUGUCCCCCGGCAUCCAGACUGGGAUGUGGUUCCUCGGCACGGCGGCGAGGAGGAGGAUGCACACAGGGCGCGUGAGCCACAGGCGCCGUCGUUGAACGCGGACUGGGUCGUGUGUGAGAAGGGACGGGAUGGGGAGGUGCAGAUGUUCGAGGGUCAGCGAGUGGAGAAUACCAAUGCGUCGCCGACGUCGUCCGAGAAGUCGGCGUCUCUCCCUGGACCCGGCGAGAGUGUCGCCACGAGACCCGAGAUACGCGGUCCCGCAAGACCCGAUCCAGGCACGUUAUCACAGAUUGCAUGCGAUUCGCAACCCAGCUCCUCGCGGGCGCUGAAGACCCAGACCCAAAUACCGCCACCAGGCCAAGCACUGUCCAGCCUGACCGCGCCGAUCCCAGCACCGUUGAGACGGUCAUACGAACGCGUUCGUCCAGGGAACAUGGUCCGACGAUGCGCGAAGCAAUCGGCCCCGGAUGACAAGGCUCGAGAGGACCAACCACCACAUCCACCGCAGUCAAUCCCGCUCCGCAUCCCGACCAGUCGCAACGCCAGACCCAGCCGCAACCCCAACAUCAACCGACCGCUCUCGCCCGACGAAAAGGAGCUGCCCUUCUUGGCUCCAAGGGCCGCUGCCGCCGCCGCCGCGGCUCGAGCGUCCACGAGCCAAAAGUAUGGUCAGAUUUCCGCUCAACUGCGGGCGCAGGCCGACCGGGAGCAACAAGCCGCGCUGACGGCCGAGCAGCAAAGGAUGGACGACAGACUGGAGCGGACAGAGCGUGCCGUGGCUGAUUGGUACGGCUUGCCUCAUGGAUAUGGUCCACAUUUUUAUUAGUACAUUUCCCCCCUUCCACUGAGGAGUGUGCUGGUCUCGAUUUCUGGGGCUUGGGCCCAGCGGAACAAGACUUCUCGUGGUGCGGCGUGAGGCUCAUGGCACCUGUCAUGUCAGACUUGGGGACUUCUGGUGAAGUCAAGCGGAGCCGCCAGAGCAGCUAGUCAUCAUGGGCGUGCUUGGGACAAUGUGUCGACCUGCCAGGGCGGCCGAGAGCAGAAUCAAACAACACCUAACAUGUGUAAGCAGUUUUGCAUAUUACGCCAGAUGACUUGAUGACUUGAACAUUUUCCUG